AGUCGAGAUCCGACCGUCGCGAGUUUCAGUCGAACGAAUAAUCAAAAGUAGCAGCCAUGGUGUACGAAAGUGACUUCUACACGACCCGCCGCCCGUACAGGCCGACCAGCUACAGCAGCGUCACGCCGCUGUCGUCGUUGUAUUACCUGAGCUCGUUACUGCCGUACUAUCACGUGCCCUACAUCACGUACAUUCCCAGCUUAUCACAGGCUGAAUUGAUUUAUCGACCGACCACUCGCACAGUCACUCGACUCGUCACAUACCCGGAGGUUCCCCAUCACAUAGUACGGGUGCGUGUGCGUCCGUCGGUGGUGCUACGUGAGCUUGAUCGCAUCGCCUACCGUCGUCGUCCAGCACUCGCUGUAUCUGCUGUCGAUGACUUCUUCAGGGCAGAGACCACGAAGGCUUUCGAAGAUGAGAGCCGUCGCAUCCGCGCCGACACUGCCUCCCUACUGCAACGCGCACGCUCAGUACUACCCCGGGCGAAAAGUAUGGCUCCCAGAGAAACAAUAUACUCCUAUUCUUACGGGGAGCCUAUUCCAUACCGAUUCAGCAAUGAUGCGUACAUCGCCAGAUUAUUAUUGCCACUUCGCAGCGUGUAUGACAACAUUCACAAUAUAUCCUACUACAGUGAACCCGCUAAGAAGUUUACCGGACGUGGUCACCUCGCGUGCGUGCACUACUCCGGUAAAAAGGCCUUCUCCAAUCGCUUACCCCUCUACAAGGAAAUGAGCAUCAGGGAUGACGUUAAUCUGCUUUCGUUUUACGCGAAGAACAGGCUCGCCGCCGCCGGGCUGGCCGUCCAGCAGGCCACAGUCAAACUGCUUCCGUGGAGGCCCAGCCGCAAGUUCCAGGCACCGAAAGCCAUGGAAGACCCUGGCCUGGAGCUCAAAGCGGCGAAGGCUGAACGCGAAGCAAGGUUCCGGGCAACCACUGCAGAGCCUGUAAUGACUCCAGCCGCCGAUUUAGCUGAAAUCAAGAGGAAAAGGCAAGAAGAAGCACGCGCUGCUGAAGAGAAAGCAUUAAAAGAAGAAGCUAAGCGUGAGGCAGAACGUAAAGCACAGGCUGAACGUGAAGCGGCUGAAAGGAAGAGAGCAGAAGAAGAAGCCCGUAAAGCUGAAGAAGCCAAACGUAAGGCCGAUGAAGAAGCAAGAAAAGCUGAAGAAGAAGCACGUAAGGCUGAAGAGGCACGCCUGGCGGAGGAAGCCCGUUUGGCCGAAGAAGCCAGGUUGGCCGAAGAAACUAGGUUGGCUGAAGAAGCUCGUUUAGCCGAAGAGGCGAGGUUAGCUGAAGAAGCCAAGUUAGCCGAAGAAGCCAGAUUGGCUGAAGAAGCUAGAUUAGCUGAAGAAGCUAGGUUGGCUGAAGAAGCCAGGGUAGAAGAAGAAGCGAGGUUAGCCGAAGAAGCGAGGUUGGCAGAGGAAGCUAGGCUAGAAGAGGAAAAACAAGCUGAACAAAGACGGCAAGAAGAGCUCGCUCGAUUGGAAGAACUGGAAAAACAAGCCCAGGAAGAACGCGAAGCAGAACUUGCACGACAGGCUGCUGAAUUGGCUGAAAUCGCAAGACAAGAAUCUGAGUUGGCUGCCACCCGUUUGGAAGAGCUUUCGAGGAGCGGGUCUGCCGCCGAUAAUGUUGCCGAACCCGAUGCCAGUGAAACCGCGGUUGAUGAGCCUGAACCUGUAGUGGAAGAACCAGAGACUCCUGAAGCAGCACCCGCUGAGGACGCUGCAGUUGACCAGGCAGAAGUUAGCGAAGACGAGCAAGCAGAGCCUGACGUCACUGACGAAGAAUAAUUUAUUAAUUCUUAGAAUAUGUAAAAGUACUUAAUGCAUUUUUAACUUACUGAAAAGUUUUGAUUCCGCUAUUCGCCAUUCAAAUAGUUUAAUUACGUAGAUUAAACUGUGAAUGUCGUGAUAGCAAUAGUUUCAGAUAGUACGACUUUGUCUCCAUCUACAAUACACUGCCUUUCUUCUGCAUAAUGACAUUAUGCAAAUGCGAAAGUGCAAAAACCUACUUAUUUUGAUCAUAUGACUCAAAAUACUUAUUAUUUAAAAAUUAAAUAAAAAUAAGUAUACUAGAAUAAGUGUUUUAUAAUGUUAUUUUUUGUUAAAUUAU